ACAAUGCAAACAAAUCCACCGAUAACUUCAACCAACAACAAUCAAACUCACCGGAAAACACAACAAUGGUCUCUCUACGCUUCCCCUUCUUCUCUCACUCCACCACCACCCCACGCUUCCCCUCCUUCACAUUUUCUCCGGCCACCAUCGCCUGCUCCGUCGCCGUCGGCGGCGCCAUUUCCGCUGGCAUUUCCAUCUCAAACAACACCAACUCAUCUCUUCUCAACUCCUUCAUCUCCAAUUUCUCCCGCUCUUCUCCUCUUUGGGGAUCACUCUCACUCUCCGACGCCCCUCCCGCCGUCGUCACCGAAUCCAAGACCGGCGUCUCGUUUCCGGCCGUUUUGAACGAAUCGCAGGGGCUGUUGGGGAUUGGAUUGAGGAAGAAGGCGGUGCUUGGGUUGAAGAACAUCGAUGUUUACGCUUUCGGUGUGUAUUCUGAUGAUAAUGAUAUAAAGAAGUUUAUAAGUGAGAAAUACGGAACACUCUCGACAACUGACCUGAAGAACAAGGACAUCACUCAAGAUUUGAUGGAGAGUGAUGUAAGUGUUACAGUUAGACUGCAAAUAGUUUACGGAAAACUCAGCAUUCGGUCCGUUCGUAAUGCUUUUGAAGAUUCUGUGGGUAGCAGAUUGAAGAAGUUUGGUGGAUCUGAUAACAAGGAGUUGCUUCAAAAGUUCACUUCUCAGUUUAAAGACGAAUACAAGAUACCUCGGGGAUCUACCAUCGACCUCUCUAAGGAAAACGGCUAUGUGCUCCGGACCGCUAUUGAUGGGAAAGAGAUAGGAAGUGUCGAGAGCCAAUUGUUAUGUAGGUCAAUCUUGGAUCUUUACAUUGGUGACGACCCAUUUGACUCGAAAGCAAAAGAAGAAAUUGACCUCAAACUGGUUUCCGCCGUUACAAAGUAACACUUUCUACUCGAAUCAUAUUCGACCUGCAAAGUUUUGUAUCUAAAGUGAAAUUAUACCUAAAGUUGUGUAAGCAUAUGUGUGUGUUGAUGUUCAAAGAUCCUCACUUUAUGUUUUUGUAUAAUAAUGGCUUAUGCAUGGAGGUUUGUACAA